CAACAAGUCAACAUUUCCUCAUUUUACCUUCUAAACGUCGAGCCCGCUUCCCUAAAAAUGGCAUCAAUUCAGGACGCUAACCGUGCAUUCUUCGAUAAAAUGGUAGCGGAGUAUGAUCUCAAGCCAUGGCAAAAAAAGCUAGAGUUGAAUAUUACCAAUUUUUUGGUUGAGAAGCGACAGUGGCUUGGUCUUGAUCUGGGUGAAGACUCACAGGGACCAAUUCGUCUUCUGGACUAUGCCUGUGGCACCGGCACUAUCACUAGGGCACUGGCACCGUAUGUGGGGCAAAUUCGAGGCAUCGAUAUCUCCCCCAAAUCGGUCGAGAAAUACAACUCGCUCAUUUCGACAAACCUUCCUGCAGAAACGAAGGCCGUCGAAGGCGAUUUGAUUGCUCCCAAUGCCGUCCCUGCUGCCACCCCUGAGUUUACCGGCUUCGACAUCGUCGCUGUUGGGUUCGCGUUUCACCACUUCAGUGACUACAAGCUGGGAAUUCAACGCUUGCAGGAGAGGCUGAAGCCUGGAGGCAUCCUUUUGAUCAUCGACUUCCUAGGGGAGGUGGAUGAGAGCACCAUGGAGGCGUUUGCCAAACGCCACAACCAGUCCACGACCGAACUUCGCGCAACAAUGCACAAGACAGGUUUUGAGAAAGGCGAAAUUUCCGCUUUGAUGAAAGACGUUGGUAUGGUUGAUACGAGCGAGUUUGAGCUGGAAGGAAAUUUGGAGAUUGAGUUCCAGGAUAUCACUAUGAACCGCAAGGCCAUGUUUGUGAAAGGAACACGGCAGUGAGCUGAACUACGAACAUGUAAUUAGUGCAUUGCUAUGU